ACAACAACAGCAAAAGAGACAGUCCUCAUCAGCACUGACUUUCAGCUACGGAAUCGCAGACAGUUGAUGAUUAAGCACCAGCCGUGUAAAUGAAUAUCAGGUGAGGAGCAGGAUGAUGCCCAAGGGUGGGUGCCCCAAAGUGCCACAGCAGGAAGGCCUUUCCCUCUACAGCGACAUGCUGGAGAAGUGGACUGGUAAAAAGGAUAAAGUUUCUCUAACCAAGACCCCAAAGCUGGAGAGUGGUGAUGGCAGGAAGGAGGUGAGGGAGCGAGCCAGCAAGCGGAACCUGCCCUUUACUGUGGGUGCCAAUGGGGAGCAGAAGGACUCAGACACAGGACCGCUGGGGUCCUGCUUGUCCUGGGGCAGCCACGAGGAGCCCUCGUCAGGAGCACCUUGGGCUGAAGCUGCCUGCCCCUCUACACGUGGAUGUUUCUUUGGAACAAGGGGAACAGUUAUGAUUUUCUUACUUUGCUUUGGCCUGUGA